AUGGCCUCUAAGUGUUCAAGGGGAAGGAAGAGUGACGCGUCUCUCACUUUCAACCAAAAGCUAGAAGUGACCAAGCUUAGUGAGGAAGGAGAAAGGGCUUCCUGUUGCACUUGUAACUGUACCACGCACACGUCGUAUAGAGUAAAGGCCCGUGAAAGCAGCCCGCCACUCGGCACGUUCGUGUUCCUCACCUACGUGCUGGGAGUGGCCUGGCUGGGCGUGUUUGGCUUCUCCGCCGUGCCCGUGUUUAUGUUCUACAACAUCUGGUCAACUUGUGAGGUCAUCAAGUCACCCCAGACCAACGGCACGGCCGCUGUGGAGCAGAUCUGCGUGGAUAUCCGACAAUAUGGUAUCAUUCCUUGGAAUGCUUUCCCUGGGAGAAUCUGUGGCUCCGCCCUUGAGAACAUCUGCAACACCAAUGAGUUCUACAUGUCCUACCACCUGUUCAUCGUGGCCUGCGCCGGAGCUGGUGCCACUGUCGUCGCCCUGAUCCACUUCCUCAUGAUACUGUCUUCUAACUGGGCUUACUUAAAGGAUGCAAGCAAAAUGCAGGCUUACCAGGAUAUCAAAGCAAAGGAAGAACAGGAACUGCAAGAUAUUCAGUCUCGGUCAAAAGAACAACUCAAUUCGUACACAUAAAUGUUUGCCAGAGUGUUACGGCCGACGAAUUGACCGCUCUGCCCACUCCUGAGACAGCUGCCCUGCAGUACAGAUGUGUACCCCACCAAACAAGCUAAACACUUCCCUGUCCGGCUCGAGCUGCUGGGGUGUAUUUCCAGGAACACCUUCCAGCAGGUCAAGCUUUUUCUUUAGAGCAGAUAUUGGAGGUUUCAUGUUAGCCAUUUUAAAAGGCAACACUUUGAGAAAAGGAUGGUUGAUCUUUCUGAAAUUGGUGGCAUGUUCAGGUUUAUCGGUAGAGCGAUCCUACCAGGAGAGGCGACGGGGAGCUGGCCUAUUCCUUGAGAGGGACCGAGGCUGUGCCGGCAUCAAGGAACGUGACCAUCAAUUCACAUACGCCAUCUGUCCUGCAGUCACUUUACCCAUAUAGGGAAUAAAAUGGAAUUGGGCUGGGGGGCGUUCCAUUUCUGAUAGCUGACAUUUAUUAAACUUAGGCUCAAAGAUAAUGUGAUUCUUAACAAUUGACUUUUUAAAAUUAGCUGCCUUCCCUACCCCUUGAGUCCAGGCCACAUUAAUUUCCUGAUCCAAUUAGAAAUUUUUCAAUAAUGCUAGAAGGAACUACUAUAAUUCUGCUACACGUGCCACUGAAGAAGCUGGAUUCGGACUCCUUGACAAGCUUUCCAAAAUCAAUUUCCUAAUAGAUUUCCUUUAAAUAAAAUGGCCCAGUCGUCAUUCUUCCUGGGAAAUAAAUGUCAGCUCUGCCUUAAUGAGUAUUUGUUUUAAAUCUCUAAGAACUUAUUUUACAACAGGAGAGCCAAAUCCUUCAUAGACUUUUGUUCCACCAAGGUUUUUCUUAAUUAAGAAGUGUUACCUUAUUAAAAUGACCACCAUUCUAAACCAUUUUUAUGUGGUCUGAAUAGCAAGUUUACAGUUUCGUACCAACGAUCUAAAACCUAAUUACAAAUAGACCGCAGACCUCCUCCUUUUAUAGACUUGAAUACUUAAGUAAUUUCAAUUAGGGUUGGUAUUUAUUUCAUUUUUUAAAUCUUUCCUGGAAUAAUAAAAGUCGGACGUUCAGCAAAAAAACACCUGCUUGAGUUUAAGCCAUUUUCAAAAGAAACUUGCCUUCUAAAGCAUUGUGUUCCAGAACAUUAAGUGAUUAUAGGUAUUGGGUAUUAGUGACGGUAAGCUUUGUGUUGUUCUUUAUGAAAUGAUACAUAUAACUGUCGGGUGCAUCAGUGCUUUUUAAAAGGGGCUGCAUAAUAUAGGGUUAACCAUGUAUAUUCGUGUUAAGAAGUAACUUGUGGUUUGGCUGUUUCCUGGAUUUUAAAACAUAUACAUGUGCAGAAAUGUAUUAAAAUGAAAGGAAGCAUACCUUUAUCAAGAUGCUAUUAAAAUUGAACUUCAAGUAUAAUAUUUCAUUUGGAUUCUUUUUGUUGUUGUUAAUGCCUAAAAAUGCCUAUUUGGAUCUUGACCUUUUUUUUUUUUUUUCAAUUGGGAGAAGCUCUCUUUUGUGUAGAACAGUUGUUCCAGAAUAGCUUGUUUUGUUUUCCUGUUGCAUGACAGACUUAAAUUUUUUUUUUCCAGCAGUGGAGGUGCUGUUAGAGUCCAGUGUUCUAGAACAGGCAGUGUCUCAAGCCUAAUUUUACUUUUCUAAUUCUGGUAGCUAUUACCAGGAAUUUUUGAAAGUUUUGUUUAAGUAGUCUAAUAUUUUUUAUGUAAAGAGCAUUAAAUUUUGCUAUGUAUAAAUUUUUGUAACCUAACAGUGAAUCAAUAUUUUCUAUCAGUGCCAAGGGCUUCCUGUAGUUCUAUUCAAGUGUUACAAUAAAUAUUUGUAGAUAAUAGUCAAUACUUGUGUAUGCUUAUUUUAAAGAGCUAUUUAGGUGGAAAUAGUUGUGGAUGUACUAAGAGAAAUGCAAUAAAAGUAUAGCUUCA